AUGUCCCAAACCGUCACAGAUUGCUCAGCUGGCACCUGGUACAGCUUUAACAACACUAAUUUGAAUAUUGGCCAGACUGUCCAGGUCCAAUUCGGAGCUUUUGAUGAGGGAAAGACUGCUUUGAAUAUCUAUCUUACAAGACCUGGUGGAAGUCUAGUACAAUCGCUCGUCCUGAAUGCUGGUUUCAACCGAAACAGCAAUGUAUAUCGCCUCUAUAAUUCUUCAUCAACAUGUGAACUGGAACAACUUAAUUUGACGAUUCCGAAUGAUGCUGGUGUAGCCACCAACGACGUCCAAACCUUUCAGUUCGGUAUUUUCAACGCUUCAGUUCCUCUAAGCCAGAACGGAAUCGCCCUUUCCGGCUUUUUGGCUUGGUCGCCCGAUUUCCAGGUCUGGAACAACGUUACUACAACCACAUCAGCAGCCCCAACCACGUCCACAACAUCCAUAACAUCCACAACGGCUACGGCAGCCCCGAGUGCGACAACAACACCGGCUUCCAAUAACAAUAGCUCGGGGGGGUUAUCAUCCGGAGCAAAGGCUGGAAUAGGCAUUGGCGCCGCUUUGGGAGGUGUCUUGCUCGCUGUUCUGAUCGUCGGCGCAUGGCUAUGGAAUCGUAGGAAACAGAGAGGGGCGGCGGCGGGACAACCCGAUGCACCACCGAUGGAAUCAUUCACAAAACCACCGGGACCUGAAAGCGACGCGAGGGGACAGGGUUUUGCGGCAAACACACAGAAUCAGGGCUUGCACGAACUACCACCUGCUGUUAAUUCGCAGACAGAUGAGAAGGGAUACUACCAGUCGGUUCCCCAACAGCCUGCGGUACACGAGAUGCCCUCCAACCAUCAAGCAUAUGAAAUGGCAUGA